GUGCUUAAUGCUUCAUUUUUGUAUGUUUUGGUUUAGGGAUCCGCUGGGUUUACUGGGUUUAGACUUGGGUCAGACUGGUGGCUCUCAUGGUGGGUCCGGCGAUCCCCGGCAGAGGUCUUUGAGAAGGUCCUGGGUGAAGCUGCCAAUAGAUGACAUUGCCCAUAUUCAAUAUCCGCAAACACGAAAGCUAUCACUAAAGUAAAUCUUUUCCUUUAAAUAUUUAAACAAACAAAAUGAACAGCCAAUUAUAGAUUUGUAAGACAUGGCAGAGAGAGACACUGUCAAAUAAUAUUGAAAAGCUUAGAAUAACAGAAAUAAAAGAGCCAGGGACUAACCUCUGUCAUACUGAAAAAGGAAGGCAUCCCAUCCCAUCCCAUAUUCUCAAAAGGCAGAUAUCAACCCAAUAUAUCAGUAAAUCAACUCCUCUGUUAAAGCCUGACGCAUGGAAAAUCAGGAAUUUAGACCGAAGCCAAGCUGGGACCAGGCAGGCACUUAUAUAAUUCAAUGUGAAAUAAACAACAGCAAAAACGUUUUCCAUAUGGGAUCCCCCGGGGCAGAGUCUUGUAUGGGACAAAUGGGGCCGGUGGUGUGUAAAUGUAUGGGAACCAAGCAGCUUGACUCGCACUAGGACCCAGUGCGGCUGCGGCUGUGGAACCAGGAUGCCGAGUCAAACUAUGAACUGUAGCGGCCACACUGACUCAGUUGGCCGCAUCCGUGGCUGGCAGAGCUCGGUGGUCGGGAGCGUGUCGCAAACACGCCUCACACGGAUAUGUUCAUAACUUUUACACGCAAAAACUGAGGGAUUGCCUAUUACCAGAAAUAAAUAGGAUAACUCUGGCUUUGGGAUAGCAGACCACAUGGACUCCAAACGUCAGAGCUGUGAGUAACAGUCCCUUCCCCUCUUCUUCUUCUUUUUCUUCUUUUUUUUAAAAAAAAAAUUAUCCCAUGCUCAUAUUUGGCUCCCUCACGGAAAACACCAUAGCCACUCCUUUGGGCUAACACAACUGGAAACUAUUCAUAGCCCUAACAUCCUGUUGUUAUGUUACGUUGAUUUCCUAUCGAGAUAGACAUAAAGUACCUUAAAACUCACUGUAGAGAAGCAGAAGUCCCAGUAGGAAUAUCAUAGGAAUAUUAUAGGAUAUGUUACAGUGUGGACUGUGCCUAUGGCUGAAAGUACAAUACCGGUCAUUCUAAAUUCACCAUUCAGCGACACGGAUACCGAACAGGGUGAUUUCGAGAUUUUGUUUGUUUCUGGGGCUGGUCUGAAGUGAACUGAUGGACCUUUAUCCCGUUUUGUACAAGAGGCGAGAGCGUCUCCCGCUCCCGGUACGGCGGUGUAGUAACGGCAGAGUGAUGUCAUACACAUACACGCUGGCCGGUGCGCUGCGUGUGUACGUAGCCCAUAAUGUGCGUGUGUGAGUGUGUGAAUGGAGGAGGUAUUGCUCAGGUAGUGAUGCAAUUGGAUACCAACAGUGAAGUGCCCCGUUGGAAGCGGCGCUGCUGGAAGGGAAGCUGAAUGUCCGCUCUGUUUCAGCGCAGGGAGGCUGGAGACAGGAAGGGCCGUUACAACUAGCAAUGGAGCGCCUGGUGAACGAGCUGGCUGCUCUGCUGAAGAUGUUGGACCAAGAGACGGUGAGCCCGGCCACCGCUGACAAGAUGGCAUCUGUACGCAACAUCCUGGAAACCCUGCAGCCGACAGUCAACGGAUCAGAUGUCUACAUGAACAGCUGUCUCUAUGGCAACGGCACCGGCACCAGCUUUGUCGAGUCUCUGUUUGAGGAUUUCGAUUGUGAUUUGCACAUGCUCAGCGCCUCUCCAGUGGAGCAGAAAGAGCAGAAAGAGGAGGAGAAGACUCACCCUAAUAAAUCAACACCCACAGACACACCCCCUCCCCUGCCCACCACUCCGCUGCCUGAUGACUACUAUGAAGAGGCUGUUCCUCUGGAUCCUGGCUCCACCCCUCAGUACUUUACCACCACGAUGCACAGCUCCAGUAACUCUGUGGAGGAUGCCUACUAUGAGGAUGCAGACAAUAACUAUCCCAGCACCAGGAUUAACGGGCCUCCCAAAAACUCCUACAAUGACUCAGAUGCUCUGAGCAGUUCCUACGAGUCUUACGAAGAAGAGGAAGAUGAGGCCAAGGGGCGGGACCGACCUCAGAGAUGGACGGCUGAGGAGAGCUCUAACGAACCAAUUAGAGACUGCCACAUCUGUGCCUUCCUGCUGCGCAAGAAACGAUUCGGCCAGUGGACCAAGCAGCUGGCCGUUGUCCGUGAUAAUAAACUUCAGUGCUAUAAGAGCAUCAAAGACAGCACCCCACACACAGAGCUCCCGCUGAAUCUCUGCAACGUCAUCUACGUCCCUAAGGAAGGCAGGAAAAAGAGGCACGAGCUGCGCUUCUCUCUGCCUGGAGGCGAAGCUCUGGUCCUGGCUGUUCAGAGUAAAGAGCAGGCGCAGCGGUGGCUCAAGGUGGUGCGAGAAGUUGGCAGCCAAUCCUGCAAUAGUGAAAGACUGGAAGGCUCUCCUUCUCCCAUUAUACAGAGGAAAAUGGAACUAGACAAGGUGCUUUUGUCAGACAGGCAGGCGUCAGACUCAGACAGCGGGCCUACGGGGGACAGUCUGUCCAUGGGACAGGGACCAGGACGGGACACCACUGAAUCACUGAACCGGGGGAAGCGCGGGGCGUUUUCCGAGCUGACGGGGUCGAUGAGCCGAGCGGCAGGAAAGAAGAUCAACCGGAUCAUCAGCUUCUCCAAACGGAAACCUCCCUUACCGGGAGACCCGCCCUCCUCUUCUGGUCACCAUGACAACCCACGCUGCGGCUACCUUCAUGUGUGUCUGAGCGGCUCUUGGAAGGAGCGCUGGUGUGUGGUGCAGAGUGGGAGCCUGCACCUCCAGAAGGACCCCGGGGACCAGCGGCCCCCAGUCAUUGUGGUGCCCCUUAAGGGGGCCGAAGUGGUAACAGGGGGUCUCGGGCCCAAGCAUCCGUUCUCCUUCCGCAUCCUGCAGGGGGGCAGCGAGCUGGCAGCUUUAGAGGCCAGCUGUUCUGAGGAUCUGGGCCGCUGGCUGGGUGUGCUGUUUGCAGAGACAGGCAGCACCACGCUCCCUGAGGAACUGCACUAUGACUACAUCGACGUGGACACACUCACCGACAUACGGCACGCUGCCAGACACUCCUUCCUGUGGGCGACCACAACUACUUCCUCCAGCAGCGCUUCAACAGACUCCAGGAUGUACGACGAAGUCUACGAAAGUGUUCUGGAGGGGGCAGUAGAGAGCACACAAGGCCAGGUGAGACGCCACGCCUCCUUCUCCAGCAGAGACUCUGAUAAAACCGAACAGCAGGCCGCGAUCAAGAGACACACCUCCAAUGUGAAUCAGUACGCGCGGUAUGGGAAGACGCGUGCAGAGGAGGACGCCAGGAGGUACCUGAGGCAGAAGGAGGAGCUGGAGAAGGAGAAGGAGGAGCUAAAAAACACACUGGUGUCCCUACGCAAGGAGAGGAAGGAGGUCAAGGAGGAGAUGAAGAGCGGCGCAGGUCAGGGUGCAGAGCAGCGGUUAGCCCAGCUGGAGGCGCUGUGUAAGCAGAAGGAGGAGGAGAGGGUGGAGCUGGAGCUCAGACUGACCGAGGUCAAAGAAAACCUGAAGAAAUCUCUGGCUGGAGGAGUGCUGGGGCCUCCCACUGAUACCAAGAUCAGCACCAAGGCACAGGGCAAUAAGGUGGAGAAGGUUUACAGUGAGUCUGUGCCGGUCAACUCAGCAUCUGAGCUCCGUAAACGGCCUCCAUCUGUUUACGCUUCCUCCCGGGGCAACGUCAUGCAGAAGGCAAAGGAGUGGGAGUCGAAGAAGGGGACCUAGGCACGGCAUCAGACAGAUCAGCAGAUGAAGUCACGGAGAGAGGGGGCUGUGUUGUGACUUGAAUGAUAGGCAGGUAGAAAGGUAGAAGAGGAAACAGAAGAAACAGAAAAGGAAGAACUGGAAAUAAGAGGAAGAGGAGCAUGGGAAGGAAGGAGGAGGAGGAAGAGGAGGAGGACUCUGGCACAUCCUCCUCUCCUGUAUGCAUUUACAGGCUGCAUGAUUUAUAAACCGCUGUAAAUACCAGUACAGUGUUAUUAUAUAAGGAUCACCAUGAGUAGGAACUAUGUGUGUAUGCCUGUGUGCUUGUUUGUGUGUGUGUGUGUGUGUGUGUGUGUGUGUGUGUGUGCGCAGAGUGGUGCAGUUUGCAGAGGGCUGCAGAAAGUGAGCAUGUGAUACAAGAUAAAAGCAUAGCAAAGGGAUCGAGGGCACGGUUCAUUAGCAUCUCGAGUUCACAAGUUCAAAACCCAGAUGACUUGCAGAGAUACUGUGUCAUGGUUUUCAGGCUGAACUUCCUGAAUCAUCUUAGUGUUUUAUCAGCGCCGUCCACUGAUGGAGAGAAAGUGUUUUUGCCUCUUAUCAUUUUUAAAAGGUUACAUGACAAGACAAGAUGUAUCGUUAUUAUCUUAAAUUAUGAUUAUUGGUAUAGUAAAACAGUAGCAUUUCACAUCUUGUGAUGUGUCUUUGAACCAAUAUGAAAGCAUACAGAGUAUGGCACUGUUCAUGAAACCAAGAGGUAAAUGUUUAUUACUGCAAUGUGAAAAUAAUUUAAAGGUGCAUUAGGCAAAAUUUCAAACGGUGAAUUGAAGUGAGGACCUUUUAGACCCAGCUGACAUAUACUUGAAGUAAGCAUGCAUUUUAUUAGUGAUUUGAUCCAAUUGAUGAGAACCAUGCAGAGUCAGCCAUAAAAUUAUGUUCAUAUUCCACGAUUUUUGCCAGUUGAAUCUCAAGGGUCCUCACGAGAGUCAACCCUCAGCAACGUUGCAUAGUGCACAUUUUUUUUUUUAAAAAAUGUGUUUUUGUGUUCCACUGUUCCUGCCUAUAUGUAUAUUUUUUUCAUAUCCGACUUUUGCACUUUAUCAUGUUGUAUUUUGUGAUCCAAUAAAUGUCUUGGAAAUAA